GUGAGCCUGUCUGCGGUCUGCAUCCACACGGAAAGGCAUUGCAGCUAGCACCCUGAACAAACCAGAAAAACAGCCCUCCUCUGCUUAGGAGCCCAAGGCAGCAGGGUCCCACCCGCAUCUACCUUUCAGGAGCAAGGUCAGCUAACCAAAGCCAGAGUGCUUCCACUCUCUGGCUUCGCCCCUCCCCUCCAGGUCAGCCACCCCAGGCCUAUCUGGCGCCGCCCGAGGUCUACACGCCGCGCCUGGUGGGUGGAGUGUGAGCGGAGUAGUCUCCCUAUGCUGGACUUUGCACCCUUAAGUGCUUGAGUCCUGCCUCUCAGCGGAGCCUCGGUCUUCUGCGCUGCCAUGGAAGGGUCCAGAACCCCAUCACCCCGGGAAGAACUGGAGCUCUCAACGCUGGAGGAGCAGCAGGAAGCGCAGCAGGAAGAGCUGACACCUCUCAACAACAGCCUCCAGAUCCAACCUUACUCGGUCGAGGACCCUAGCCCAGCCCAGGCAGACAAGGAAAGCCCCUGGAGUCCCUGCAACAGGAGUGUGGUUGGAAAAUGUAAACUGUGGAUGGUCAUUGUCACCAUAUUCUUGUGUUUCACUAUAGUGAUCAUUAUAAGCCUAUGCCUUGUAGGAGUGACGUAUAUCGAUGAAGAUGAAAAUGAAAUUCUCGAAUUAUCAUCAAACAAAACAUUCUUCAUUAUGCUCAAGAUUCCAGAGGAGUGUGCUAAUGAAGAGGAAUUGCAUCACUUGCUCACUAAAAGGCUCACGGACACGUAUAGACAGUCCCCAGCUCUGAGUCGUUUUUUCACUUCUGCUGAUAUCUUGGAUUUCAGUGUUGAAAAUGCCACGGUAACCUAUCACUUGCAAUUUGGAGUUCCAUCUGAAGACGAUGACUUUAUGAAGUACAUGAUGAGCGAAGAGUUGGUGCUCGGCAUCAUGCGACAGAGUUUCCACGAUAAGACUGUAUCUACUUGUGAGAGUCUCGGGCUUGACCCAGAAUCUCUCUUGCUCUAUGAAUGAAGUGAUGGGGGUUGGUCUGCGUCAGAAAGCAGUGCUCUGCUGAGUCCCAGACUGAAGACAAUUCAGAAGCAUAUCUAGCAGUGACCAGAAGAGGGAGACAGUCUUCCCACUGACUCUAUGUGGAUGUGAAGGCUGGGUCCAUUGGCAGUUUUUGAGAGCUGUCGCAGCUGGGUUCAGGAGCUAGAGGUCUGGGGUGAAUCUAAGAUCUCACCACAUGAGAUUCCCACUGCCUUUGAAGCACUAGCUGCUUCUACUAGCACAUGGAUGCUUUUCCUGUGUUGCAAAGAUAAGUAUCUGGCUUUGUUUUAGGCAGGUUCUGUUAACCCCAGCUGAUGGGGUGAGUCAAAGCUGUAAGGAUAGCCAGGGGAAGGAGGGAGAAUGGGCCAGCUGUUCACUGAAGCCCUCUCCCCACUCACAAUUAUAUCUGAUGGACCCCUGAGCCAGGGCAAGAGGAAAAGGAAGGCAACUCCAGACCUAUGGAGUAUAGCUCUUCAUCUACCUCCACCACCUGACAGCUGAGCUCAGUCAGGCAUAUUGCGAAGUUUUACAUAGAGAAAGAUGAUUGAUGUGUCUUAAUUGUGUCUCAUCUCUGCAUCGCUUCUGAGAUGACUCUGUAUCUCUCUCUUUUUUUUUUUUUGAAAACAUAUGUUUCUGAGUUUUGGGUAAGGUGCCAUCUUUUAAGAUUGCCACCCAUGUGGGUUAUUAUUAUUAUUAUUAUUAUUAUUAUUAUUAUUAUUAUUAUAAAAGUCAUCAAAGGAUCAUUAAGACUGCUUAAAUUUCUGCUAUUGAUACCACACACUGGCUUUGUGUUGCCUGGUAUCACCAGCCUUCCUGCAGGACUCAAUUUCUUGAGAUGUUUGUGUGUCUUCCUACAGAUGAUCACUAAGCCGAGAAUUUCUGUCCUUUUGAAAUUGUCCAAAACAGUGUGCAAGUCCCUUGGAGGGCCAGAAGGAAGCUAGUGACUGUAUCAGUCACCUAUGGAUAUAGAUUGCCUGUCAUAAGAGAACAGAAUAUUUGUUUUGUUGGGGAAAUUGCCUUCCUGGAAGUUUUCUGGGAGAGUUAGUUUCAUUGUUGUAUAAUGAGAAAUUCCCUAGUCUGAUACCUCAGAUAGAUGAGCCAUGGAUACAGGUCACAAUGGCAGGCAGCUGUGUAUGAGUAUGUGUCAAUUGUAGGGUUCUGAACAAUGUGAACUUGCUUUCUUAUUUAACUACUAUAUUCUAUAGUAAUAUAGUAUAAUGAUAAUUGCUGCAUUGUAAAUUAUUGGUUUCACUUUCAGGAUAGUUCUUUGAAUUCCUGUUUUCUUUUUCCCUUUUUUAUUUUAUUUUUUACAUGUUAACUGUGAAGUUUGGUGUGCCUUUACUUUUUUCUAAAGUAACAAGGAAUUUUAAUAUAUAAUGAUCUAAAAACAUUUAAAAUAAAUUAUUUUUGCAACUG